GGUGAGCGCUCUUUCUCUCUCUUUUACUGCUCGAUGGAUGCAGCCAGCAGCAGCGCGGUGUGUGUCAACGCGCACGCGAGAUAACAUUCCAGAGUGAGAGACCUCCUCUCGGUUCGACGUGAUCGGGUGCUGAAGAGGAAGAAAGAGCCAGCAGAGAUCGCAAACCUCGCGCAAAGAUUUAACUUUACCUGCCCACCUGCUGCCAGCCAGCCCGACCAGGCGGCCUUUGCCUUUCCUACACGCCUGUCAGUUCUGCCUAUCCCGGCCAUCAUCAUCGCCCGCCUGCCCAGAGUUCGGUGAGCGCGAUCGUGGUGAGUCAAUUGAUGCCUCUGUGGUAGUGGUUCGCCAGCAUUUUUGGACUCUGCGCGAGACUUCAAUGCGCACUUGCAUCUGGAAGACGAAACUUGUCUUGACGACGAAACCACUCGCGUACCUACGAGAUUCUGCAAAACGGGCUCCCGUCGUCGUCGUCAUCGUCGUAGUCGAUCGGAUCGGUAGAGUGCAGAUUGCAUAAGAUUCCAGAUCUCUACAGCAGCAGCUUCACGGAGGUGCGAAACUGCAAUUUGUUUUCGGGGUUGUCGGACGUGCGCGUUAAUCGGUUUCGUGUGGGUGUUCAGAGUGUUCUGUGAAACCAAGAGCCAAGAUAUUGCCAUCAGCGAAGAUGUCCUACCAGUGCAAGAACUGUGAGCGUGAGAAAGAUCAAAACAAUAACUAUGUGAAUGCCACCUAUGCGGCCAAUGCCAACGGAACUCGUGGCAAUCGGUCGGCCUCGGCCCGGUCGUCCGGCAGGAACUCCAACGCCGGCAUCGGAGCAAGUGGCGGCAGUGACAACGUUAACGGAUCCGCCGGGGGCUGCUCCAAUGGUGGGGCAGCGGGGUCCCAGAUGACGGGGGCCACCCAGGUGACGGCCAAAGUGAUGUGGGGAAGUGUCGGAGCGAUCAAAGAACUUCGCGAGAAGGAACAAGCCGAACGAAAUCAGGUCACCAGGGCCGGUCGCCGACAGUAGAAGUAGAAGUGGAGUGGAGUAUGGCAGAAGGCAA